AUGUCGGCACAGCCUCUGGUUUGGCACGCAGUCUUCCCCCAGUGCGUAGCGGCCACCACGACUGACGGCGGGGAAACGAAGACAAAAGGUGGCAAUUUCAACAUGCAGCUAAAAAAUCAUCUAACAACCUUCACAAUAUUUUCCUUCAUGGGUUUUUUAACUGCACAAGACCUACGAAAUGUCACAGAACCCAAGAAUCCUCAGACCUGUGCCUCGCUGACAGCAAGUGGUUCAGAAGACACCAGAACCAUACAGAAGGCUCUCGACUCCUGCACCAAGGGAAAAGCGGUCGCAUUGUCGUCUGGGGUAUUUCAUUCCGGUCCACUUGUGGUUCCUUCAGGUGUCAGUCUCUUGGUUGACGCUGGAGUGACCUUAAAGGCUCUCACGGAUCCUGCACUGUACGACCUGGGCUCGAACAAGUGCGGCACUCUGGACGAGUACGGUCUCGGCUGCACGGCCUUCAUCACGAUAGCCAAGGCCAACGGCAGUGGGAUCUACGGCAAAGGCACAAUCGAUGGACAAGGAGAUGUGGUUAUGACUGGGAAAAACCAAACCUGGUGGGAACUUGCUCAUGUUGCAAUGGUACAGGGUACCUAUCAGAACAACCCAAGGCUCAUACAGAUAAACGACUCCACGGACAUCACGUUGUACCAGAUCACGCUGAAGAACUCUCCGUACUGGACGGUGUACAUCACCAACACAAACGGCCUGACGGCGUGGGGGCUCACCAUCCUGGCGCCGGCGAGCGCGCGGAACACAGACGGCAUCGACCCCGUCGGCUCGCAGAACGUCACCAUCGCCCACUGCCACGUCAGCAUCGGCGACGACAACGUGGGCAUCUCGGCUGUGACCGCGCCGGCCAGACACAUCUCCGUGGUCCACAACCACUUCGACCACGGGAACGGACUGUCCAUCGGCAGCGGCACCGACCACGGGGUCAGCGACGUGUUUGUGUCCGGAGUGACCUUCAACGGCUCCAAGAACGGAGUGCACAUCAAGACCAACAGCGUUCGAGGUGGGAUAGUGUCCCGGAUUUCCUACAGGAACCUCUGUGUUUUUAAUGAUGUCGAUAGUCCCAUUCACUUGGAGAUGAACUAUGUCCACCAAACAGGUAACCGCGUGCCAAGGGUUUACGACGUUAGCAUCGAGAACAUGUGGGUGCUAAGAAAAGGUAACUACAAAUUCUAUGGUGUUAGUCCAUCCAACCAAGUUUCUGUCAGUUUGAAAGACGUACAUAUCACCAAAGGUUCAAAAUGGUUGACGAAUUUUGCCAAUAUUACUGGAACUGUGGUAGAAGAUGCUAACAGAAUAACACAUUGUGGAUAUGCUGGAAAUGCAAUAUUUUCUGACUAAUUCUAAUUGUUCUAACGAAUGUUGUCUUAAUGAAAAUUUAGAGUAAAUUAGAUCACAAAACAA